AAUCUAUGCUUUUGAUAGGCUAUAUAUCUAAGAAAAGAUGGCAGACCCUUGGCAAGAAUGUAUGGAUUAUGCAGUUGCUUUAGCAAGGAAAGCUGGGGAGAUAAUCCGUGGAGCACUCAAAGAAGAAAUAUCCGUUAUGACUAAAAGUUCACCAGUAGAUCUAGUGACAGAAACUGAUCAAAAAGUAGAAAACUUCAUUAUUUCUCUGGUAAAAGAGAAGUAUCCUUCUCACAGCUUCAUUGGAGAAGAAUCUGUUGCAGCUGGAGAGGGCAGCAUUUUGACAGAUAACCCCACAUGGAUUAUAGACCCUAUUGAUGGAACUACCAACUUCGUACACAGGUUUCCAUUUGUGGCAGUUUCAAUUGGCUUUGUUGUAAACAAAAAGAUAGAGUUUGGAAUUGUGUAUAGUUGUAUAGAAGACAAGAUGUAUACUGCCAGAAAAGGAAAAGGUGCAUUUUGCAAUGGUCAAAAACUUAAGGUAUCAGGCCAAGAAGACAUUACAAAAUCCCUUUUAGUAACAGAAUUGGGAUCAAAUCGUGAUCCAGAGACUAUAAAAAUAAUUCUUUCUAACAUGGAAAGACUUCUCAGUAUUCCUAUUCACGGGAUUAGAGCCGUUGGUACAGCAGCUGUGAACAUGUGCCUUGUGGCAACGGGUGGAGCUGAUGCCUAUUAUGAAAUGGGGAUUCACUGCUGGGAUAUGGCAGGGGCUGGAAUCAUUAUUACUGAAGCAGGCGGAGUACUGCUUGAUGUAUCAGGUGGACCAUUUGAUUUGAUGUCUCGAAGAAUAAUUGCAGCAAGUAGUCGAGCUAUAGGAGAGAGAAUAGCCAAAGCACUUCAAAUAAUCCCUCUGAAAAGGGAUGAUGCAACUAACUGA